CCGGAAGUGGUCACUGAUGUCGCUGUUUAGAGCAAGUGCAUGAAUCUGUGGAACCAUCAGCUAGCCAAAGCUCCUUUGAAUGUUAUAGAGACGGGGAGAAUUUCAGGCCUUUGAGACGGCCAGUCAAGUGAACGCUUCAUACUUUGAGGACAUGGAGCAGAACAACAGUUUGCCACCUUUCCAGGGUCUUGCCUCCCCUCAGGGGGCAAUGACUCCUGGUAUGCCCAUUUUCAGCCCCAUGAUGCCCUAUGGCAGUGGUCUGACUCCCCAACCUGUCACGAACACCAACAGCCUGUCUCUCCUGGAAGAGCAGCAGCGGCAACAACAGCAGCAGGCUUCGGCCCAGCAGGCUGGGGUGCCAGGGGGUUUGGGACAGACACCACAGCUUUAUCACUCCCAAACGGUCACCACCACCACACUGCCAGGAAACACCCCCCUCUACACCGCUACACCGCUAACCCCCAUGACACCCAUCACACCUGCCACUCCUGCCUCUGAGAGUUCUGGGAUUGUCCCUCAGUUACAGAACAUCGUAUCCACUGUGAACUUGGGCUGCAAACUUGACUUGAAAACAAUAGCACUGCGAGCUAGAAAUGCUGAGUACAACCCCAAGCGAUUUGCUGCUGUAAUCAUGAGAAUACGAGAGCCAAGAACAACUGCACUUAUCUUCAGUUCUGGGAAAAUGGUUUGCACAGGAGCCAAAAGUGAAGAGCAGUCCCGCCUAGCGGCUAGGAAAUACGCCAGAGUCGUGCAGAAGUUGGGCUUCCCAGCCAAAUUUCUUGAUUUCAAGAUUCAGAACAUGGUGGGCAGCUGUGAUGUCAAAUUCCCCAUUCGGUUAGAGGGACUUGUACUAACUCACCAACAGUUCAGCAGUUAUGAACCUGAGUUGUUCCCUGGGCUAAUCUACAGAAUGAUCAAACCCAGAAUUGUUCUGCUGAUAUUCGUUUCAGGCAAAGUUGUAUUAACAGGAAUACCGCGGACAUAGCAACACUGCUUGAAUCUAGCAGGCAACAACUACAUGGACGGAACAGUGACUCACACAUCACGAGAGGAUUUGUUGUAAAGAAAACCAAUGCACUCGGAGACUUUCAACCAGAGGUUUUCAGUUGCGGCUGAACAGUUUGUGUGUUUAACUCUGCCUGUAAACACGCUGGAUGAUUCAGAAUCCAUUGAAGAGCUUGAACGAUUCACUGACGAGAGAUACUUACGAACUCAAAGAAACAUGUCGCUGGUUUCGGAGGAUUCGAGCAUUGUUAAGGACAACCAACCCAAUCAACAAAACAAACCAAAACCAGGUUGGCCAAUAGGUAUCAACGAUGGAACCAAACCAUCCCCUAGUAAGAGGGCGCGAGUGGGGAGAGGUUUACUGAUAUGGAUGUUGACUUGUUAAAAUCCAUCAAUGAAAGGUUUGCCAAACUUGAUAUCUUGGAUAUAUUACGAGAGGACAUCAAUGCAUUAUGUGCUAGUAUAGAAUUCAGCGAACGUCAGACUGAUGAUCUAAGGAAAGAGAACACGGCGCUGAAGGUACUGUAGACUCUAUUCAUAGCAAGGUGGAGGUGGUGCAAAGGGGGAACAAACAACAAAGAAAACUUGCUUGAUGUACAGUGUCUAUCAAUGCGGAACAAUCUAAUAUUUUCAGGGAUACCGGAGAAUGACAACAGCAGAGGCUGUGAGGACACAGUCCGAGACUUUGUCAACUCAACUAAAACUGCCCACUGAUGUUGUGCGUAAUGCCACUUUCUCCAGAGUCCAUAGAAUAUGUAAGGCCUCUGGAAAUAGGCCACGGGCUAUUAUUGCAUGUUUUGACAAACUUAAGCAAAGGGAAAUGACGAAGAACAUGGGAGAGAACUCAGAAACACUGAUUUUGGAAUGAAUGAUCACUUCCCCACCGAGAUCAAUGAAAGGAGAAAAAAACUAUAUCCCACCAUGAAGGAAAAGCGUUGCCUGAAUCAACGAGUCUCCAUGGCGAUGGAUAAACUCUAUCAACGGGCAAUUGUAUCAGGACUCUAGAGUAACUCCCUGGCUAUUUUAAUUUAAUGUUCAAAUCUGAGUUUGUGUGUUGUAGUGUAUCAUGACAACUUCAACUAUAACGAAUACAUGCUCUAUUGAUCUCCACUUGAUAAGGAAAGGGCUGCAUAUAGCUCAGGUUAAUGUAUGUAGCCUUCCUAACAAAAUACAUUAGGUUUUUAACUUGGUCAACAUAAAUAAUAUUCAUAUUUUGGCUUUGACUGAAACGCAUUUAGAUGCAUCUGUAAAUGAUGGGCAAAUUAACAUUCAAGGAUAUAGUCUAUUGAAAAGGGACAGGAAUUGGAAUGGUGGGGGUGUAGCACUGUAUAUUCAGAAUCAUAUACCUUUUAAGAGGAGGGAUGACCUUAAUGUAUGUCAAAUAGAGGCACUAUGGGCUCAAGUACAUCUGCCUUACCAGGCACCCAUAUUGGUAGGAUGUGUGUAUAUGUAACAGUAUAACUUUACGGCGUCCCCUCGCCCC